AUGGCCAAGAUGGGACGCGCUCUUGCUCUGCUGCUGGCUCUUGCUACUACCGUGUCUGCCCAGACCUGUCCUGAUGACUGGAAGGAGUUCAAUGGUAACUGCUACUACUUGGGGCCACAUAGUUACUGGACAACUGGCAGGGAUGACUGUCUGCAAAGAGGCGCCGACAUGGCUGUCAUCACUGAUUCGGCUACAAACGAUUUCAUCAGUAACAUGCCGUGGAAUAUGGGUCAUAGUUAUGAUGAUGUCAUGUGGAUUGGUUUAAAUGACCGGAUGACUGAAGAUGACUUCCGUUGGACAGACGGAUCCAAGCCCAGUUACACAAACUGGAUUCCAGGACAACCAGAUGAUCUGUACGGAGCAGACUGCGUGCAAAUGUGGCUGGAUUCCAACCAAUGGAGUGACGAAUCAUGUUACAAUUACAGACACUAUGUUUGUCAGCAAGAAACCGAUGUGGAUGAAUGUGCCGAUGGAUUAGACAACUGUGAUCUUAAUGCAGCCUGCACUAACACUCAUGGUAGUUUUACUUGUACAUGCAACAGUGGAUACACCGGAGAUGGUACAAUUUGCACAGAUGUGGAUGAAUGCGCCACUUUCUCAGACAACUGUGAUUCCAAUGCCGUCUGCAGUAACUUUCCCGGGGGUUUCGCUUGUUCAUGUCAUGCCGGGUACACCGGGAAUGGCAUCAACUGCACAGAUGUUAAUGAAUGCGCCGAUGGAUUAGACUACUGUGAUUCCAAUGCUGCCUGCAUUAACACUCCUGGUAGUUUCCAUUGUGCGUGCAAUGCUGGCUACACCGGGGAUGGUUUAAUUUGCAGAGAUGUGGACGAAUGUAGCGAUGCAUCAGCCAAUAAUUGUGAUCCUCAUGCCACCUGCACUAACACCCCCGGCGGUUUCACUUGUGCGUGCAAUGCUGGCUACACCGGGGACGGUACAACUUGCACAGAAGGAACGUUCUCCUGUGACGACGGGCAUACUAUUCCGUACAAGCUGACAUGUGAUCGUAUUGUGGACUGCUCCCAUGCAGAGGACGAGCUGAUUUGUGACUAA